CACCUCUGGUGUUCGGGCAUCGCUGUCUCUGAACUUCUGGCUGCCUAGUCUUCUUCUUCUUCUUCUUCUUCUUCUUCACAAUACCAAAGAAAAAGAAAAAGGGUAGGCGAAUGGUCCAAGCGUCGCUCCGUCAGGGCCGUUCUGACACCACCAUUUAUGUGAAUUGCCUCUCUCUCCUCCGACCCACCUGCGGAUGAAGAUGGGUUUCCGCCUAGAAGAAGAGCACGAUUCCAAAUCACAUUCUUCCGAUUGGAGUUGUCUGGACAACGAUCUGACGGAGCUCAUCCUCUCCUACCUUCCUCUCCGUUCCAUCGUCCGAGCUCGCCUGGUCUGCAAGCAAUGGAACUCCCUCAUCGCUCAGGAGUCAUUUGCUUCUCGCGUUUCUAGGAAGAAGAAGCCGUGGUUCUUCCUCUUUGGGCAGAACAACGUGUUCUUGAAGAACAACCAGGCGUUCGGGUUCGACCCCGAAUCGAAGGAGUGGAUUCGCCUCUCCAGCUCGCUGUUUCCUCGCCCCCUACGCCAGGAGGACUCCUUCAUUGGCUCUAGCGGGUUUUUCUUCCUCACCACGGGCUCUACGCUCUCCCAGUUUCGCUACACCCCUCUUCUUUCCGAUUCAUGGCAGUUCACUCAGCCGCUCCGCUUCUCGAGGUCGAAUCCGUUGGUGGGUGUCUUCGAAAUUGGGGGUUCCCUCCGGUUUAUCGUCGCCGGAGGGGCCCGGUUCAUCGGGGGUUUGGUGGAUAUUGAGGAGAGGCUGGCGGUCGAGAUCUACGAUUGCCAAUCAGACUCGUGGGUGCUUUGCCCACCGCUCCCUGCCCAUUUCCGACCGGGGAAUUCUUCUCAGUGCCUGUGUUCUACUUUGCUCAAUGGGAAAUUCUUCGUUUUCGGAAUCCAUUCGGGGUUCGUUUCCGCUUUCGAUCUCAAUCAACACCUCUGGAGUGCUGUUCGGGUACUGAAGCCGCCUGGGGUGAUUUUCUCCUUCUUGGUGUCUUGCCAGAACCAGCUUAUCCUUGCCGGUCUGUGCAACAAUUCCGAUGGGCCUUCGUUUAAUCUGUGGCGGGUCGAUGAGGGAUCGAUGGUGUUUACUGACCUUGCUGUCAUGCCGAGGGAUCUUUUGAGUUGCUUGAUUGAGAGCGAUGAGGAUGAGAAAUUUGCUAGCUUGAAGUGUGUGGGAUUAGGGAAUCUCAUCUAUGUCUUCAAUGAGGAGCACCACCGAGUUUAUCCGGCCUGCGCCUGCGAGAUAUCUCCGGACUUGGGAUGCACGUGGUGGCGUGUGCCAGAGUUGCCCCCUCCGGUGAACAAAUUCCACAAGGUGAUCGGCUUUUGCUCGAAAGUGCCCUUAAAUGGUAUCUUGGGCCAUGGCCCAAAGAGCUGGUUGUUGUGAAGACAACCGUCCUUCCGUUCCUUGUUUGUUAUGUCUAACAUUCUCUUCAGACUGUAUAUUAUCCGUCAAAACCUGUGAAUUUCUGCGUUUUUCAGUUGCUAUACAUUUGCUUUUAAUACUUUUUUUCUUCAUACUGGCGGUAGUUGUGGUCUUCUACGUAUCAUUGUACUGCAAUAGUUGGAGGACCUCUGCAUCUAAAAGUGUAUGUUUCAGUAUAUCUUCUUGAAUUUCUGUUUCAGUUUCUCCUGCUUUA